GAGCCGGGAGUUUCUGCCUCCUGCAGUUCUGGGGAGAGGUUGAUCCCUCUGGGCCUGUGGCACGCUCUGGACGAGGGGAAAUGUCCUUUUGUGGAGAAGUCGGGACGGGGCCCAGGCAGUGAGGCUGGCACAGAGCAGCACCCGGCACUGGAGCACAGCAAGUCCUUGACACCUUCUCUGCUUCUGCUCGGACAAGAAACAUUGUGGAACCUCAGCUCUUCCUGCAGCAGAUUAAUGCCUAAAAUUAUACGCCCUAAACAGGAGGGUUUAAUUACCAGAGCUGUGAAUAGUUUAAUUAGUUUGUUCUGACCUUGGAAGAAGGACCUGCCCAGCACCGUAGAGCAACAGGAGAGCAAGACUGGUGUUGCUUCUCACAGCCAACCAGCCCGCGAGGCCAUGUCGUCCCUGUACACCAGGAGUAAGGAAUAUACUCGCAGCAGGAAGGCUCAGUCAGACUCUCCCCCGUCCUCUCCUUCCCCGAUCGCAAAGACACUCAGAGUAAGCAGCUUUUUCCUUUCUGUAUUACCCUGCUCAGCACAUGCUCUGAGCAGAGCCCGGUGGUGGUGGUUUGUUGUCUUACCCUUGGAGACCUGUGCCUGUGGUUUCCUUUGGAAAGAGGAUGGUUUAAAUGAAACUUGGGAAGUAACAGGCCUGUACCACAGGGAGCUACCACCCCUCACAGACCAGUCCCAACCAGCUGGGCCCUGUGCUGGCUGUUCCAAGUUACCACAGCUCCACAGUGCUGGAUCCUCCUCCUGUUCCAGGUUGGAAGCAGCUACGAACCCCACCACGAGUGACUCGUCCUACAGCGACCGUGCCUCCGGCCGCUCCAGUGCCUACAGCCGCCGGGAGAACCGGCUCGCCGCCCUCAGCAGCCGGGCAGAGGAGGAGAGCAACAGGGACUACAAGAAAUUGUAUGAGAGUGCCCUGUCUGAAAAUCAAAAGCUGAAGUCAAAGCUGCAAGAAGCCCAGCUUGAGCUGGCUGAUAUCAAAGCAAAGUUGGAAAAAGCAGCCCAGCAGAAACAGGAGAAAACUUCUGACCGGUCCAGCAUGCUGGAGAUGGAGAAGAGGGAGAAACGAGCCCUGGAGCGGAAACUCUCUGAAAUGGAGGAGGAAAUGAAGAUUUUGACAGAGCUGAAGUCAGACAACCAAAGGCUGAAGGAUGAGAACGGAGCCCUCAUUCGUGUCAUCAGCAAACUCUCCAAAUAGGAAUCCAGAGCAAAGGAAGGACGAGGAGGGGUGUCCUACACCAGCUGCCAACCCCACCACCGAGCCCUACCCCCUUUCUUCCCGUCACGUACAGCAAGCGUUUCAGCUGUGGGAUCAAUGUCACACCUGCCUUGCCCUGCCCUUUGCUGUACAUUCCCUUUCUACCCCUAUUUCCCCCCAACACACCCCCUGCCAUUUUAUUUUUUUUAACUUAUGCAUGUUGUGGUAUCUCGGACAUUUUAUUCAAGGGAGAAAUGUGAGGACUGGGUUUGAGCUGCCAAAACUUCUUCCAAAAGCUCAGUAUUUGGUUUUGGACUCUGACCUGGAGUGGGAAGCUCCUACUGCAAAAAGUGACAUCUGAAGAACUAACCCAGCAUAUCCAAACCCUUUACAGGUGGGAAAUGUGAACAUGGGCUGGGACUCUGAGGAUGCACAUCAGCCCAGUGAGAGAUGUGGGACUCUGGUUAAACGUGAUGCUGUGAAAGCCACCAGAGCUAAUGUUUGUCACAGGCUGAUGAGCUGUUUUGCACAGACACCUUCUCUUCUUGUCCCAGUAGACUAAGUCUUCUAUCUUAGAUAAGAUUUUGAACCUGUUCAGUAACAUCAAUGCUGACACUCAGUGUCAGACCCUUAUUCCUCAUCCUCCCUUUCCCCCACAGCCUGGGUGAUCCUGUGUCACACUGUGUCCUUCCAGGGCUCCUGUCUCUGUGCUUGGUAGCAUCCAGUUGCCACCUGGACACUUGUUCCUUGGGACAGGAUAUAUCCCAGGCACUUGCUGAGCUUUCUGAAGGACAAACUUGAACCCCUACAGAUCCUCUGCUGCUCUAACCUGUGUGUGAGUGGGAAUCACCUUGCAGGGAGCUGUGCCCGUGCCAGAAACCAGCCUCCCCUCCCCAAAAGCCAUCUGGGAUAUUCUCCCGCUGCCUCCCUGAAGGGAGAGCCCCAUAGCAGAGCCUGGUCUGGUAUUUCAGGUACCCUCCCUUUGAUUAGCAGCAGGAUUUGUAGACAGAGAAUGCCAGCAUCCUGUCCUACACACCUUGGAGAAGUCAGGGUGUGUCGGUGUCAGAGGGACAAGGAGCUGCUGGUAACUGAAUCAUCAUUAUGAAAGUCUUCUGACCUGUCAGAAAUUUGUGAUAAGCUUUGACCUUGAAGGAAACCCCCAGAAAUACUCCUCUUAAAUGUUACGUGCACUCUAAACAGUUUGGAAUUGUUCUCUCCCAUGGGCAUUUGGACAUUGGCUCCUCUCUCCAUGCUGUGGGACUGUUCAUCAGGUCUGUUCAGCUUCCCAUUAACAGACUCCUCUCAAACAGUAUCUUCCCUCUCAGAGACAUCCUGCUGUAUCCAAAACAGUCUCCCAUCUACAUCCUUCCAUAUUUGUCCUUUCAUCCCCUUUGUCCUUCAACUCCCCAGGCUCUCUCUGGCCAAGGGCAGCAGUUCUUGGUCACUGAACCUGGAGGUGGCCAUGGAGCAGCUGUACCACGUUCCUGAGCAGCUCUGCUGGCUCUGGCUGGGGGGACUCUCCACAACUAGAGAGAUGAGAUACUUGAACAUGAGCAGAAUACUUGAGCUUGCUCAGCAGGGUGAAACUUAGACCUCUGUUGGGCAGUCCUGGGCUUUUUCAAACCUUUUGCUGGUUAUUGCCUCAGAAAGCAUCUCUAUUGUCCUCUCUCUGGGGUUUUCUCUCUUUGGUUUUUUUCCUCCCUAAUUCUCCAUUUCCCCCCUUCCCCUCCCUGUCCUGCCUGUUUCCACCUCUCUUGCUCUUCCUGAAGCUGCCAGUUCUCCCCAGGCAGCUCUGACCACAAGUUGCUCUUCAGCUGGUGGAGCCGUUUGUGCAGCUGAGGCACCGUUUCUCCUGGUACACUGAGGCCCUGCCUCUGCUGCUGAGCUUUGGGAGGAAGAGACCAAAGCUGGUAAAGGCAUCAGGGUUUCUGCAGAGCACUGCCUAAGCCAGGCAUCCUUUUUAUAUUCCUUGAUUUGAACCCUGCUCUAUUUAACAGCUUUAAGUCUUGAGAUCCAGUCAGUGCUUGCCCUGCACGCCGUUCCCUCUUGGUGCACUCUUUCUGUGAGUACUUCUGCCGUUCUUGAUGUUUUCUCUCUUGGUUACCACUCCUCGCUUCAGCCUCGGGCUCUGCUCUGCUCAGAUCAGGGAUCAGGAGCCCGGUCCUGUCUGUGCCACGUGGAGGAGGAGAUGCUCCCCAGCUGGGCUGGCACCUCAGGCCAUGCAUCCCAGCAGGAUGAGGAGGAGAGUUCAGAAUCAAGAUCCUGUUCUCACAGGCAGGUUCCUGGCAGCAGGAAGAAGCCUGGUGUCUGUUUUAGGGAGAGGGUUCAACCCAACCUGACAAAUCCAUCCCGCACUGAUGUUUUGCCCCUGUUUUUGUUACCAGGACACUCACUGUGCUUUUUCCCAAGGAGCAGAGUGCAAAGGCUGUGGGAGGCUCAUUCCUCUGAGUGGCCCCUUGCAAAGCCAAACCACUUUAGAUGAAGUAUCUGCUUAGCACUGGAUUCUCCCGAGCUCUGGGCCCCCACAGCUCAGUGUCCCUGAUCAGCCAAAGCUGUGAGCAUCUCGUGGUGACAGCACAACUGCAAAUCAAAUUCUUGAGAAUGGAUUUUUUUUUUUUUUCUCACUUCAUGCCUGACAUAACCAGUGCACUGAGGAGGUGACAAACAGAACACCUCAAACCCUGUGCUUGGCGAUAGGUUUUAAAAUUGAUCCCUCUUGGAACCAGAGCAUUUGCCAGACAUGGUCUCCCUUGGGGAACAUGAGCUUUUUUUUCUAAGCAAUUGCUUGGGGUGAGUUAAUUUUUAUUGCUUGGGGUGAACCCACCUGUUCUGGCUGCAAGUUUGGUGAUGGCUCUUUGUAAAUAAACUCCUUGGAGAAGCAGGACUGGCGGACGAGAUGGGGAGAGAAUGUAUUUUUAUGCAACUUUUGAGUGGCCUUUCAAACCCUGAGAUGAAUGAUUUGUUUUACUGGUUGUUGUUAUAUAGUAUUAUAAGUAUUAUGUGUUUGAAAGUUUGGGAAUAAUAUUCACAGCUAUGAUGCUUGUAAACACAACAGUAUUUAUAAAUGAAUAAAGUAAGAAUUAAUAAAAUAGAAGCUUUGACUUUGCUUCCAUCUUUCUGGAA